AUGCCAGCUCUCACCGAGGCUCAACUCGAGCAAUUCGGUUUAGCAUUACUCAGUCCGCGGAAGGGACAGAGCUUGGGUCCUUUUCUGAUUACGUUGUUCCUGGACGCGAUGUUCUACGGCAUCCUAUGCAUGCAAGCCUUCAAGUUCUUCACUGAAUCCCGUAGGGAUAGUCUAUUCCACCGAGUCGUCGCUGGAUCUAUUCUGGCAUUGGCGACAGCCGUGACCGCCCUGUCUAUGAGUUGGAUGUACAAUCUCUUCGUCCUCAAUUUCGGAUCUUACGCCCACUUCUUUAGCGUCAAAUACCUCUCUUGGUUUUACGUCUUCGACUGCUGCGCCAUGGUUAUCGUCCAGAGUUUCUUCGCCCACCGAGCGUUUCAGUUGACGAAGAGGAACUACUAUAUCCUCGGCGUCAUCGUCUUCUUUAUGGUCACGGCGUUUAUCACGGGGAUACUGAUGAAAGUUCGAGGCCAGCAACUCGGCAGCUCCGCUGAUCCAGACGACGUCUAUAUCAAGGCGUUUGUCUACAGCUGGCUAGGAGCCACGCUCAUAGCUGAUACCUUGAUUACCCUAACGAUUAUGAGCGUGCUCAUCCGCCGUCGGACCGGUUGGAAAACAACCGACCGCCUUAUCACUCGGCUGCUUAAACUUACUUUCGAAUCACAGCUCCCGCCUACCGUGAUCGCCAUUUCAACCGCGUGCCAGUAUGCUACUCUGGUCAACACCGCACCAUACAUCAGCAUUCCCUUACUUCAAUCUAAGAUCUACGCUUUCGCCUUGUUCCACACAUUGAACAGCCGAUCGGGUCUGACCAACAACCAGAACGAUUUCACGAUUAAUACUGCUUCUGGGUUCUCCGUCGGUGACAGCUCCUUUAAGGCCAAGAAUUCGCACGGCGGAAUUGAACCGGUCAAGGUCACGACCGAAACCUAUACUCAUACCGAACCAAUCGAUAUCGUUCUCGAAUCCUGGCCUGCCCGCGGACACUUUAGCAACCGACGAUCCGAUGUCGACUUGCAGGUCGACGUCGAAAGGCAAGAUGAUGGCGACAAGGAUAUUUACGGCUCCAAGGAUCACAUCGUCGCUCCUACCCAUCCCUUCACUAGCUUCGAGAAGCAAGACAGCAAGGGGCUCUGAGUGCAGUGAAGCGCGUUCGGAGAAACCUGGAUGGCGCCAGCUUUGUCGCGGUCGUCACGUGCACCGUUCGCGUGUUUGUCCGAGAGAGACGCUUCGGCGAUCGGGCUUUGCCGGUCCGAGGGACA